AACAGCAUUCUAGUCCAAGGAGAAGUUGAUCUGCAGCAAAACUUCUUUGCGGAUAAAUCAAUCAUAGUUUCCGUAACAUCUUAUACAUCCGUAUGCUCUAUCUGUGUAGUAACCGAAAAGAUUACUGUAUAUCUGCUCCAACUUUCCGGAUAUUUGUGCUAUUCGGCUUCCGCGAUACAGCUUUUAAAGAUUCUGGAUUACUUGUGAAUAAACAAGAAAUCGACCUCCGAAAAUUGAUAUAGAGGUUAAGCAAGGCUAUUAUUUGCUGCUCUUCUUUCGAUAUGCAUCCUUGUCGCAAACUUCUUGCUGUUGUGCUGGCUGUAUCGUCCGUAUUUGGGAUCAGUAACGCCGGUUACGGCGGUGGAGGCUAUGGUGGAGGAGGAUACGGAGGAGGCGGCGGAUUCUAUGGUGGUCUGGGUGGUCUCGGAUUUGGAGGGCUUGGUCUAGGUGGACUGGGCUUUGGUGGAUUUGGAUUUGGUUAUCCUCUGAUGGGAUAUUGGGGUGUUCCUUAUAGUUAUGGCUACGAGAACGCCUAUGUUUCCGGGUUCGGAGGUCCAUUUCUAGGUGGCGGAUUCGGUGGUCUCGGUGGAUUCGGUGGCGGUGGAUAUGGUGGAGGAGGAUAUGGCGGCGGUAAUUACGGUUCAAAUGGCGGAUACGGUGGCGGUGGCGGUGGAAGCUACGGAAACUCUGGUAGUGGAUACGGCGGAAAUUCUGGUUACAGUGGCCGGAAGUAAUGUUGAACCGUUAUGCGGUCGAACGCUGUGUUAACUUGGAUUAAGUUCCUAAGCGUACAAGUUUUAUACUACUGUGGUUUAAUUUUGUAAUUUAAUAAAUUUUGUUCGUCGCACUUGAUACUUGCAACAUACAAGAAUUUUGUAAAUUUGGAAAAAGAAUACGAGCAUUUGCGUACGCAUAUAU